AUGCUAGGGCACCUAGAGCUUGCAGACGUGGAAAGGAAGCGUUACAGGUUACCGUCUUGCAAACACAUAGCGUGCCUUAUUGUCUUCUUGCAGACGCUGGCUGUUCUGAACCCCUUUCGUACAACUGAUGCAUCCAUUCUGCAGGACACCGACUUGGCUGGCCCGCUUGUCUUCUGCCUUGCUCUUGGCGCCUUCCUUCUGCUGUCUGGAAAGGUUCACUUCGGCUACAUCUAUGGGAUCGGAGUGAUGGGCUGUCUGGGCAUCUACGCUCUGCUGAGUUUAAUGGCGGUGUCGGCUGUCACUCUGGGGACCGUGGUAUCUGUGCUGGGCUACUGUCUGCUGCCAAUGGUCAUCCUCUCGGGCAUCAACGUUGUGUUGUCUCUCCAGGGCCUCACGGGGUUCGUGUUGACUGGUCUGGCUAUUGCCUGGUGCAGCCUGUCAGCUUCCAAGCUGUUCGUUACAGCCCUGUUCAUGGAUCACCAGCAGCCACUGGUGGCCUAUCCAUGCGCCCUGCUCUACGGCGUCUUCGCCCUUAUCACCAUUUUCUAGAUAUUCCAUGGCGUUGGUGGUGAUAUUUAGUAAAGGCACAUAUUUACCUUAUCAAAGAUCGCUUUCAGCUUGACAGUUUUUCAUAUUGAAGUUCUUAGUUUCCAUUUUUAAAGGAAUAUAGCAGGUUUAAAUCACAUAAGAAAAUAUAUUUGUUAAGUUAUUAAUUAACAACUUAGAGGACCAGGACUUGCACCCCGUUUUGGCUUGUACCACUGAUCUUACUAACCCGGAUUACCAUACCAAGAUAUAUCUAGCCAGUCAAGGUUAAAUAUACUUACGAACCGAGGCGCACUGGUAUAUAUUUGGACCAAACCAGAAGAGGCUAAAUUUAUAUUUCGGUGAAGAAAGGAAGAAACUGGAGAGAAACUGCGGCGCUUGUCUUUAUGGAACUCCAUUUAUAAUAAUCUCCACUUAGAAUAAUAAUAAAAAAACAAAAACACGAAUUAAUUUGCAAGGAACUUGGUUUACUAAAUCUCCGUUGUAAACACUGAUAAUACCGCAGCCUGCUACUUAUGCAACAUUCAGUGAAAUUGCAUAUUUAGUAACUGAUUUUAAGCAGGAGUUAAUUAUUUCAAUACUGUAAUCUUCUUAAAUAAAAUACUUAGCAAUUUAGUUAAUAUACAGUAUUUAUGAAAAUAUAUCGCUGCCGAAUGUCAGCAAAAGGUGCUGGUAAACAUGUUUUGUUGGCUAAGGGAAUAAAUAUUGUUACUUAGUGUGAUACAGUACUUAGUAUGUACACCAUUAAAAGCAUAUGUAUUAUUAUUGAUUAUCAAUAAAGCAAUUAUAGUUGAAUUAUUUAAUAAAUAUACAUUUCGUAGCCCUGAAUGCUACAGAAAACCAUAGUUGUUCGGAGAACUUAAAUGUUGAAAGCAAUGUCUUCUGUAAUGUUUGACAGCAUUGUCUGGUAGGCGUGUACUGAUGUUUCGAAGGAAUGUACUGCCUCCUUUUUCAGGAUAAAAUAGUAAAGAAGUCAAGGAAGAAGCAAAUA